AUGCCAUCCAGCUGCUCCCCAGCCUCUGUCAAGAGCUGCCCCCGGCCUGCCUCUGCCUGCUCCAGCAGCCUGAGCUUCCGGCCCGAGCUGUGCCUGGGCUACGUCUGCCAGCCCAUGACCUGCGUGCCUUCUGUCUGCAUGCCCCCCACCUACCGGCAGGCCAGCUGCCUCCCCAAGGCCUACCUCUCCAGCUGCUGCCGGCCCACCAGCUGCCGGCCCACCAGCACCAUGGGCGUCUGCGGCUGGGUAUGCGAAGGGACCUUUAACAGCAGUGAGAAAGAGACCAUGCAGGUCCUCAAUGACCGCCUGGCCAACUACCUGGAGAAAGUGCGACAGCUGGAGCAGGAGAACGCCACCCUGGAGAGCAAGAUCCAAGAGGCCUGCCAAUCCCAGGUGCCCACCAUGUGUCCCGACUACCAGUCUUACUUCAGGACCAUCGAGGAGCUACAGCAGAAGGUUCUAUGCACCAAGGCAGAGAAUGCCCGGAUGGUCGUGCACAUCGACAAUGCCAAGCUGGCUGCUGAUGACUUCAGGACCAAGUAUGAAACUGAGGCAGCCAUGCGGCAACUGGUGGAGGCUGACACCAAUGGCCUGCGCCGGGUGUUGGAUGAGCUGACCCUGUGCAAGGCUGACUUGGAGGCCCAGGUGGAGUCCCUCAAGGAGGAGCUGCUGUGCCUUAAGAAGAACCACGAGGAGGAGGUCGGGGCCCUUCGCUGCCAGCUUGGGGACCGCCUCAACAUUGAGGUGGAUGCCGCGCCCCCCGUGGAUCUGAACAGGAUGCUGGAGGAGAUGCGGUGUCAGUAUGAGACCAUGGUGGAGAGCAACCACCGGGACGUGGAGGAGUGGUUCAAUAUGCAGAUGGAGGAGCUGAACCAGCAGGUGGCCUCGAGCUCAGAGCAGCUGCAGAGCUACCAGUCGGACAUCAUUGACCUACGACGCACUGUCAACACUCUUGAAAUUGAGCUGCAGGCCCAGCACAGCCUGAGGGACUCCCUGGAGAACACGCUGACCGAGACUGAGGCCCGCUACAGCUCGCAGCUGGGCCAGAUGCAGUGUAUGAUCACCAAUGUGGAGGCACAGCUGGCUGACAUCCGCUGUGAUCUGGAGCGGCAGAACCUGGAGUACAAGAUGCUGCUGGACGUCAAGGCGCGGCUGGAGUGUGAGAUCAACACAUACCGGGGCUUGUUGGAGAGUGAGGACUGCAAGUUGCCCUGUAACCCGUGCUCCGCCCCCUCCUGCCCUCCAUGUGCGCCCUCCCCGUGUGUGCCUCGCACUGUCCUUGUCCCCUGCAUGCCCUGCCCCCAGGGCCGCUACUGAAACCCUGCAGGACUGGAGCAGGCCUGAGGGGCCUCUACAGGACCAGCCUGAUCACAGUGUAGGGGCCACCCAGUCCUUGGGGAGCCCCUUGCCAGGAGGAGGAGCCUGGGGGUAACUGGA